AUGGCCACGCAGCAAGAUGAAGGCGGUGUGCCCUUCUCCAUAGCACACCAACAGCAGCAUUUCCGCCUGCUCGAGCUGCCCCCAGAAAUUGUUGAGCUGAUAGACGCGCCCAAUCCCCCGCUGCUUUCUAUCAAAUCUCAAGCCCAGUCCGCCGCUCCUGGCACGUCCAACGCGAAGCCUGCAUAUGCAGUACUUUGUACGCCGAACAAAUCUUUCCAGCUGCGCCAGGUCCAGACGUCCAACUCGCUCUUCCUGACCCAGCCUGCCCUCGAAGCCCCUGGCAACGAGAUACCCACCCCUGCCACACGCGCCAUUGCCCUGUGUACCACGACACUCGAGGCCUACACAUCGACUGCGUCUGCUGCUGCCCUUCUGAGGGAGACGCUGCCGAUAUACGACAUUGUUGCCGGAGACGUCGAUGCGACCAGCAACAGCAGGAGCAAGACCAGCAUAUACAACGAUCUGCCCGUGUCGAAUGGAGAAUGUCAGGCAGCAUGGAAUGAGCUGAUGGCAUUCGAGGCGGAUGGUGGAUCUUACCAACCUUCGCCCAACGCCCUCUCACAAGUGUGGAGAUCCAUCAACGCUGCUGCGCUGGCGGAAGGCAUCAAGCUGGACGCGCAGUUCCUGACCAACGACAUUACCAAGGCUGCGGCUGAAGAGGGACAUCCGCCAGGCCUCGUAGAGGCUGUGUUAGCACAUCUAUCCACAGAAGAUUCCAACAACAACGGGCCAUGGUCAUGUCUGGACAGAGCAAAGACGGUCGUCUUUACGGGCAGGACGUUGCUAGAAGCCAAGCACGGUAGCGACUUCCUCAUCGCUGACUUUACUGACACGUGGGAGGACCGCCUGCCUGAAGUAUGGCGCAAGGACGCACAACUUAGUGCCAUCGAGGGCGUCUACGACUUCCCCUCCGAUACGACUAUAAGGGCAAAGAGCAAAGCCUCCACAACAUCUAUUGCGGACAAUUCGGUAGCAGCCAUGAAGCCAUCGGCACGGAAAUGGCACGAGAAGUUUGCCAAAACGCGGAAUAAGUGA